AUGGAAAUAUUGUUAUCAGCAUUUAAAGUUAGGUUUGGUUCAUCUUUCUGGCUCAUCAAUGGAGAACCGAACUUGCAACCCAUUAGUACCAUAAAAGGUCUGGACAGAAGAAAAAGGUUAUCAGAUGCCAGGGUUAUCAUCACUCAACACUUUACUGAAAGGACUGUCACUCCAGGUGGUGAUAUCAGCAUGUUGUGCGCAGCUACAGGUGACAGACCUCCACAGUUCGUGUGGGAAAGAGACGGCAUCGUGGUUUCCAGCAAUACUGAUCCUAGGUAUGCCCUAGGUCAAGUAAUGACAUCAGACAACUCCGUGGUGACACAACUGAAUAUAACAAGAGUAAGAGUAGAAGAUGGAGGGCUUUACUCAUGUACAGCUAGAGAAGGAGAUCAUAUAGCUGCACACGAGAAUAGACUCGACGUGUAUGGUCCACCAUACAUAAGAUCGUUACCGCCAGUAAAAGUACAAAGCGGAGAAUCCGUUAACUUAAGAUGCCCAUUUUAUGGAUAUCCUAUUAGUAAAAUUGAUUGGGAAUAUAAAGGAAAACUCUUAACAUCCAAUGCCAUAUUCCAAUCACGUUAUAAAAGACACCUAAAACGGAAAACCAGACGAAAUGCUCCUAGCGUUAAUAUAAAUGGAAUUUUGUCAAUUCCUGAAGUUUCCAAAGAAUUCAAUGGUGAAGUUUACACCUGUAUUGUCACAAGUCCUUCGGGUGAAAUGGCUAGAAGAGCAUUCGAAAUCCAGGUCAUUGAAGCUCCAGUUUUAGAUGAUCUGUUACUGGGAACUAAUUUGCAAGAAGGACAAAUUGUAAAUAUAUAUUGUAAUGUACGAACUGGAGAUUUGCCAAUCCAUUUUGAGUGGUUAAAAGAUGGUAAAAGAAUUCCUAGUAACUUGAAGGUGGUGGAACGGAAUUCUGAGCUUUUUAGUGCCUUAGUUAUCAAGAAGGUGUCCUUGGAGCAUUGCGGCAAAUACACUUGUGUAGCUUCUAAUCACGUUGCCAAAGUAAAUCGUUCUACAGAAUUAUAUAUCAAAGUGGCACCAAAAUGGUUAGAAGAGCCCAACAACUCUUCUUUAUUACUUGGUAGACGCGGGACUGUGUCCUGUAGCGCCAGCGGUUAUCCACAGCCACAGGUUCAUUGGAUGAAGAAAGAUGCCAUCCUUGGCACUUGGCAACCAGUGCUUGAGUUAGCCGGUGGUGGCAUACUGAGCCUUCCUAACGGCACCCUUGUUAUUGAAGAGGUUUCCCUAACCGAUGAAGGCUUGUAUUCGUGUAAUGUGGAAAAUGGAGUUGGACAACCAUUAAGCAAGACUGUUUGGAUGAGUGUAAAUAAACCGGUUCAUUUUGAAGUAUCUUCAACAAACGUUACAUCAAGACUAGGACAUCCUGUUACCCUUGAAUGUAAACCGAUGGGUGAUGAGCCUAUUAGAGUGACAUGGACACAUGAUGGAAGCAUGUUGGAUUUUAAUAAUCAGAGAGUAAAAGUUACCGAAACCAAAACUGCACUUGGAGUGUUAAGCGUCAUUAACCUGCAAUAUUCAGAAACCAACGAUGCUGGUAUAUAUCAGUGCAGAGGCAGCAAUCCCUAUGGCGCUGCUAGUUUUAAUGUACAUCUUACCAUUUUAGAACCACCGACUCCACCAUCAGACAUUCGCAUCGAAUCUGUUAGAUCUCGUACUGCAACAAUUUCUUGGCGAGAUACACUUCGGGCGCACGCCCGACAUUACUCCCUCCAGUAUUCACACUUACACUAUAACGACGCUGUUUGGGAUCACGCUAAUACUAUAAAUAUCACCAGAAAAGAUCAAGAUCUCCGGCAAACAGUUGAGCUACAAAACUUGCGCCCAGCUACAGCUUAUGCAGUACGAGUAGCAACUGGCAAUCAAGUUGGUACCAGUUUGUAUACUGCGCCUGUACAUUUUACUACGCAUGAGGAAGCUCCAUCAUCUGCGCCACUAAAUGUGCAAGUAGAGCAAACAGAAAACCCUGGUGAAUUAUAUAUUUCGUGGUCACCACCCUUAAAAGAUUCCCACAAUGGUGUCGUCAUUGGAUAUCAUGUAAAAGCCGUUGCACAAAGCAUUGGGACAGUUUCAGAUGAAGCUGACACUAGAACCGUCAAAGUAUCUCAAUUAUCUGGGAAGCAGGAAACAAUACUCAGUGGACUUUUAAAGAACACCAGAUAUGCAGUUUCUAUAUCAGCCUUCACGAACGCAGGUUCAGGACCAUUCUCAUUACCCGUUUUUCAAGAUACUAGAGAGGGAGCUCCGGAACAGGCCCCUCCAUCUGUAGAAUGCACUGCAGUCUCUUCGACGUCCCUGAGAGUAGGUUGGCAACCUAUUGGACUACCAGGACAGGGUAGCUCGCUAGUUGGAUACACAAUCCUGUUUGCCACAGAUGAAGCUGCCUGGCAAAACCAAACAUCUUUGCAUACAGAACUGUAUCUGCAAGGUCUCAUGAAGUACACCAACUACACAGUCAAAGUAGCUGGCUUCUCCAACUUUGGCAUUGGUCCGUACUCGUACCCAAUCAUGUGUGCUACCUUACAAGAUGUUCCCGGCUCCCCAUCAGAUAUCAAAAUCCUUGUAUUAUCAUCGUCGUCUCUUCUCAUAAGUUGGAAAAAACCAAUUCAUCCAAACGGGGAGCUUCUGCAUUAUACUGUUUACGUGAAACCUACUUCUAGCAAUGGUCCACCACAGACGUACCGCGUGGACUCUGAAGGUCGUACAGCUGCUGAAGUGAAGGAUCUUGUCUCCGGCAGAACUUACGAAGCAUGGGUGACGGCUAGUACCAGCGCUGGUGAAGGAAGUGCUACAAGAAGGGUAUCACAUACGCCCACGCAUCGAGUUGUUGCUGGAGUGGCUUCUCUUGGUGGAACUAUUUCAGUUGGAGUUGGAAGCACAUUACUCUUAGUAUGUCAAUGUGUUGGAGUACCACCGCCUCGCACCGUAUGGUACCACAAACAUAAUAUCAUCACCCAUCAUCCAAGGUUCACCAGGAACCAUGACGAUAGCUUGCUGAUAAAUAAUAUAGACCAAUCUUUAAGUGGGAACUACACUUGCCUGGCGAAAAAUCUCUACGGAUCUGACUCCGUAGAAUACACUGUCAUCGUGUUACCACUACCAGAGGCGCCUAUACUCCGAGCAACGCCUUACAAAGACUCUAUCUUAGUUGAAUGGGAACAACCGUACUAUUCCAUUAGUAAUAGAAGCGCUAGUCAAAAAAUAAGUUAUAGUCUUACCUGGAAGGAGGCCAACAGUCCAUGGCGAGAAGCGUGGCCUACCAACAAGUUGCCCAACUUGUCAGGCGUUCAAAAGCAUGCUCUUGUCGGGCUAAAGUGUGGAACUAAGUAUUCUUUAAGAAUUACUGCCACGAACAAGGUCGGAACAUCGCAACCGGCAUAUUUAGAUGUCAGUACAUUGGGUGGAGUACCUAUACCACCAUCGACAAACGAGUGGCUGUGGAGCAACUCAUCACAUAUCUACGUACAACUGGCAGGAUGGGACCAUGGAGGUUGUGCCCUUAAAGCUCUGGAGGUAGAAUACAGGCAGCUUGGUGCUAGAUCUUGGACCAGGGCUCACAACAAUAUGCCUUACUCAGAUUUAUCGUGGAACCUCCAAAACUUGUACCAAACAAAAAUACCAACAUACGCUAUCCUUGAUCUGUCACCUGGUUCAUGGUACCAGGUCAGAGUAACGGCUACCAAUGAAGCAGGAAGCGUCACAACCACAUAUAAUUAUGCUACAAAAAACGAAGAUGGAAGUGAAGUCGGUCCACCUUCAGAGAUUUUCGACCUGAAUAUGCUAGUGAUAAUAUGUAGUUCAAUACUGCUAACAUUAUGUUUGUUAAGCUGUAUCUACAUACUAGUAAAACGACAAAGGACCGGCAAUUUGACGGAAUAUCGUGACUCAAUAACAGUAGAUAAUAAAUCAGAAAGCGGUAACAUUACCGCUAAUACCUCACACACAAAUCUUGCCAAUGUUAAAGAAAAUGCUAUGAAUGCCCAGAAUAGGAUAUACAGCGCUCCAAUACAUAUGAGGAAUAAUAGCAAGCAUGAAUUAUACGAGAUAAGUCCCUAUGCCCAGUUUGCAGUGGGCUUCAGAACCUUCGGUCAUGUAGAGAACCAAGAUAUGCCAAGUCGACAUACUAAACAUAGCAGAUAUGACACAGGGUGGGACCAGGAUUUGCAUUAUCCUGUGCCAGCUCUAAGAAUAGAAAAUUAG